AUGUCUUUCGCUAAUAACUCUUCCGGCGUUUAUGAAACACCUAAAUGGACAUACGUGUCCAUUGUCUCCUUGAUAAUUACCAUUCUGUCGGGAGUUUUCAACUUCCUCGUUUUAGCGUUAGUCAUCCGUAAAAAGCGCUUACGAACAUCCUUUAACAUCUACAUCAUCAGUCUUUUAACGGCCAAUAUGAUGUUCACUGUUAUCGGCAACACCCUGGAUGUGUAUAACGACCUGUGGUCGUCAUGGGGGUUGGGUUUCCAUGUGUGUACGCUGUAUAUGUACGCCAUCUGGACACUGACCAGCUGCCAGAUUUUUAUGCAUUUCGUAAUCAGCACCAACAGGUUUUGCGCCGCGGCCUUUCCCAUUAAAUACCGGCAUAAGCAUACCUAUCUCAUGGCGAUUUAUUUGUCGCUUGGUGCUUGGAUAGCUGCACAUCUUAUAACCCUUCCAGGCAUAAUUAUCGAUGCGGAAAAGUAUCGGAAACGGGACGUAUCAAAAGGCUGUCACAUCGAUGUGACAAUCAAUAGCGGUCAGCAGCACUGGAUGAUCUGCGUUCAGCUCUCCUCCUGUGUCGUCAUUGCCUGCAUUAUGCUUAUGUAUAGCUUUAUUAUGUACGCCCAAAAACUACACCGUCAAAAGGUCUUUCCAAAAAACCGUGCUGCCAGCAUUCCCAAUGAAGCAUUUACAUCGGGUGCGACCGCCACCAAGACGCUGCGAGCCCAUGCGGCCACCCUGCUGACCGUGAUAACUGCCAGUCUAGUGGUAUUCUGGAGCCCCGCCACUCUGUAUUAUGUCAUUGUCCCGCUGACGGACGGGAUAUGGGAUACGAACAUUGUAGCUGUAACAAAUAUGAUGUUCAAUUUUCAAACGGUCAUGGAUCCGAUUAUUAUGGCGCUGGCGGUGUCCGAUAUUCGCCAGCACAUUUGGAAAGUGGUACACCGCUUUACAAAGGCCACGGGAAAUACCGAAUAA